CUUUGGCCAGGCUUACCCGUCCGAUCGUCACAUUUCAAAGGACGAAAGUCACCAUAUCCAACGAAGACCACAAGCUGAGGCAGUUUAUCAUGUGUAAAGAAGAGUUUGAUCACGUGGUGAUUUUCCAGGCUAUCUACUAUGUGGAGGACAGGCUCAGGCUGUUCCGUCAUCUGUUCAACUCCCUGAAACCGAGAGGAACCAUAUAUUUUGAGGAGUUCUGCCGCCUGAAGGUUAUUGAGAACUGUGAGGAACAAGCGGCUCUAGACUUCUUCCUGCAGUAUCUCAACACCCUGCCGACCCACCUGGACUACAGCACGAUGCUGGAAGAGUCCGGUUAUGAAGUCACGGUGCACGACAUUUCUGACACGUACAGAGAGUUCCCACAGCAGCGCUGGGAGAAGUGGGUGGAACAACACGACAGUUCCGUGUGUCUGUACGGGGAGGACAUGGUGGACAGCUGGCUCCAGAUCUACGUCACAGCCAUGAAACUGUGCAACGAGUACGGGCUCAUGGGAGGGAGGCGCUUCGUCGCUCGUAAAGUGUGAGAAAAUGACUUAGAAGAUUACUCACUCGUUUUUGUUUUAACUAUAUAACUGUACAACUGUAUAAUUGUAUAACUGUAUAAAAACUAUAUAACUAAUAACUAUAUAACUACAUAACUACAUAGCUAUAUAACUAUAUAUAUAUCUAUGUAUCUAUAUAUCUAUAUAACUAUAUAGCUAUAUAACUACUAUAUACGCAAUUAAGAAUAACAAGAACUUUGAUCGUUAUGACGUCAUGUUAAGUCAUUAUGACGCCAUUUAUAUUUUAUUGGCUGGAACCAUGGGGAAACUAUGUUCACAGAAAACUUCAAGGUAUGCAGCAAGAAUGUAACAGCAAGUGUAGCCAACUGAAAAAUAGUCUGCUAUGACGUUAGUUGUCAAUAGCAACAUUAAUGACGUCAAAAUGGCGUAUAACAAUGUCUGCUAUGACGUCAGUUGUCAAUAGCAACAUUAAUGACGUCAAAAUGGCGUCAGAAAGGUUGUCAUACAUAUCCAAGCUACCAGUAGUAAGCUACCCUUAGUGACACAUCUUCGCAAGAUUUGUUAAUUUUUUUUUCCAUCUUUCAUAUCUCGGUCGAAGUGAUCCGACAAAUACAUAUUAGUAAUGUACAGCAGAAAUGAAUGCAUCAGGUACUGGUGUAUUCAUUAUCCUAUUGUAAUUUUGCCAAUAUACAUAAUAUCAUGUACAAACGCAAAUAGGACUUAGCAAAGAAGAACAAUAUUUAGUACACAUUCUUACGGCAAAUCAGAUCAUUAAACUGAGGGUUUAAAGUAAAGGAAGGCUGUUUGGAGUAUUCGUAAUUAAUUUCAUCAGGUUGGUAGUUAUUGUA